AGGGCUUCAGGUUUCACGGCAUAGUCCUCUCCGAGCCUCCUUAUCCUACGCAGCCCCGGCAAUCACCCGCCAAUUCCACCACCUGAAACGAUGGCUCAAACAACCACCAUUUUAUCCCCAACCGCCACACCCAAGCCAAUUCCCGCCAAACACACAGUCCGGAGCAACCUUAUCCUGCGCACCCUCUGCACUAUCCCACGCACUCAUCCCCUUCUAUUUUGUGCAAAUGCCAUCUCAGCAACGCCUUUGCGAGCAAACCCACCUCAGAAAUACAUCUACCCUGACCCCAACCCAGAAUUUGCUAGAGCUGAGACGAAAAAGUUCAGAGAGGAGCUGGUGAAGAAGCUAUCAAAAGAAAAGGAGACUUAUGGGGAUGAGCUUGAUGCUGUGGUAAAUGUCUGCACAGAUGGGGCUAAUCGACGGAAAACCCAAGUUUUGGAGAUGACCAACAGCCCAAGAGGCUGUUAGCACGCACAUAUACCAUACCAAAGAUAUGUAAAUAGAAAAACAUGUUUUGCCUUUCCUUCUUCAUGGAUAUAAGUUGCUACUCUUUAUCGUAAAGCAUUUUUCCCUCAACUUCAGUGUUGAUGCCAAUGUGAAGCUUUUGUCUUUUGGUUCUCACGUUUGGUUAGCGUUCUCAAUCUAAGGGUGCUAGAGAGGGAACUGAUUUAGUAGUUGGAGUUAAUUAAUUAGGACAUAACUCAAUAGACGCAAUCUUCUUGUCAGAAAACGCAGCCUUACCUUCAUGAAAUUUGAAGGCUGAUGAUGGUUUGAUACCUCUGCAAUCUGCAUCAUGUAUCGGUAUAGCUACCAUUUAUUCUUUCAUUACUCUUUUAGCUGUAGAUCUGAAGUACAUUAAUUUUGAGCUGCUACUUCCUUCUUCAUGUACUUAAACUGAGAGUAUUUUCCUCUUUGAUUUUUUUUUUCCCCACUCGCAAGCGGGACAUACUAAAUUUUUGAGAAAUUGUGGCCUUGAAUCAUUGUAAUUAGUAGUCAUUACUUCUUGUACCUCAUUAAGUUUCGAUGAUAAGACAAGAGCCAGCCGACAUCAAUGGAGCUACGGAGGCAGCAGUCCCCUGUUUUUCAUUCGUUCCAUCAUAUCAUGAUACUUGACCUGGUUAAUUAAUUGCACAAAACCCAUGACGAAACACAGUCUACAAAACCCGUUACCGACCGACGGUGGAAGGGACAUAUGACGAAAUCUUUCAAUCAGGCCUUCUCUUACUUAAUUACUCAAGGAAUGACAACAAUUAAGGAAUGCAUUGAGAAUUGCUUUGGCUUCACAAUGGAUAAGAAGAAAACUUGCAAGAACUCCCAGCUUUUGAAUGGAGUGGUACUACUGACUUGGCAUUUUAUUCUACGCAUAGAUGGUAUCUGAUCUUUCAUUGCUUAUUACUAUGUUUCGAGGGGAAUGCUACCGCUAUCACGGUCGGCUUCAAAAGGUGGUGCCGUAGGGUCUCGCUGGGGCCAUAAUAAUAUAUGAUGGAAGCUUUCCCUUGUAGCACUAGCGCUGUCAUACAGACGUGCAAAUCACUACCUGCAUAAAUCUUUUAACUUUUCUGGGAAAAGAGACAACUGGGGAAUCUGAAAUUCAGUAGUAUUUUUGGAUUUCAGUUCCUGUGAGUGCAUUUUUUUUUUUUUUUUUUGUAUCAUUUUAAUGGAUUGCGUAGUGUGAGGAAAGGCAAGGGCUGCUUUUUGGUUUCAUCCUUCCCCUUCCCGGGAGAGUAGCCAUAUUUCAUCAUGUUUGUCUUCUUAUCCUUUGCGCUCUGCGAUAUUGGAAGCUGCUGCUUGUCCUCUUCUUGCACAGACUUAUCUUCGAAGAAUAUUCAAUCAAUAGGAGAUAUAGGAACGCGUUCAGAAAAAAAAUUCUCAAGAUAAAACAAGAGAAAAGUUGGUGGCGCAGUUGUUUCUUUGUUUCUCUGGGAUAUUCGAAGGUUUAUGGAAGAACCAAAUGCGACGGUCCAAAGAUGAGUGAGGCCAAGCGUGACCGCCAUUUCGAGCAAUUUGACAUGGGUUCAUACUGUUCAAUAAAUGAAUGCAAUUGAAGAGAUUUGCAGAAUUUUGAUGAACUUUUCUGGCGAAGUAAUUGCUUGCAGAACCAUUAAAUUACUCCCUAUUAUGAACUUGAAACAUCUUUUCCUUGGGGAUCUGUCUUGUUUUGACCUAGAUAUCGUUGAUUGAAUCUUAGAAGAAAUAUCUGAUCUUAAAACCAGACAAACCGCAGUUCUAACCUUUUUCCAGUUGGAUUUGACAAUUUCUGCCAGCAAUUGUCUAGUAGUAAAGCUAAGCCCUUGAUUACCAAGUGUUGAAUGGCUUAAGAAUAAUGGUUCCAACUUCCAAGCGACUCCUUUUAAACCUGUUUCUUUAUCACAUCAGAUAUUUAGCGAAUUUCUGUACUCGGAGUACGGAGGACCUGGAACAUUGUUGGUGGAGCCUUUCACUGAUAUGAUGGUGGCACUGAAGGAGAAGAAACUUCCCGGAGCGCCUUUAGCUGCACGAACAUCCUUGUUAUGGGCUCAAAAUUUUCUUGACCGCGACUGGGAAAUUUGGAACUCUACACCAGAGAAAUGAUAGUCUUUUUGUGGUGUACCAACUACCAAUAUUUCCAUCCGUUGUUUCCUUUUCGAUCAACCGAGAGAACUAAGUAGAGAAGUAAUUUGCAGGUUCAUUAUGAUAUAGCAUUUG